CAUAUUUCAAAGGCGUAUUUUGUGCAAAAAUGACAAGCACGCAACGCAGCGAGAGCGCAAACCAUAUGCUAAAGGGAUAUGUGCCAGCAAGCUGCCCCAUGCACUUAUUUGUAAGGCAAUAUAUGAGGCUUCUUUUCGAUAGACAAUCAAAUGAAAACUAUGAGGAGCGGCGAACAAAGAUAACAUUGCCAGCUAUGAAGGUAAACACACCACUGGAAUUCCAUGCCAGCAAGAUAUACACCCGAGCAAUGUUUAACAAGUUUGGUGAGAUCCUUUACGAGGCAGGGCAAUACAGAGUAGAAGAAAUUGAAAAGGGUUCAAAGUACCAUGUACAUCGAUACCACCCAGAGAAACAUGAAAAAUGGUGCAGAGUAAUGUACAUAGUACAUGUCCUCUCGCAAGGUGAAGAAUUAACCUGUGAAUGUGGCAACUUUGAGCACACAGGAUUGCUCUGCUGCCAUUCCAUUAAGGUUCUUGACUUCCUUGGUAUAGACAGUAUCCCAUCAAAACAUAUCCUGAAGAGGUGGACAAAAGAUGCAAGAGACAUACUUCCAGAUCACUUGGCCCACCUGCAGAAAGAUAAUAUUUCAGCUAACUCAGUAACAUUCAGACAUUCAAAUCUAUAUACACAUGCUUUAGAGGUUGUGAAACUAGGUGAUGCAAAUCCAGCUGCAUACGAUUGCGCGAUGGAACUUCUUAGAGCAGCAAUGGAUAAGCUGACUCCUUUAGCUGCCGAUCAUGAUGGUCUGGGGUUAGAACACAGGAUAGAAAUGAAGAAGACAAAUGUUAAGGAAUUGAGUCUCAUACAAGCAGCACACAAUGGCAGCAUCAGCGAUGAUGAGGGCAGUGCCAUUGGAAAUUUCAUUGGCUUGUGUGCUCCAGAACGCAAACGGAAGGCUGGAAGACCAACAAACAGCAGAGACAAACCUCCGUAUGACGACAGAUCUGGGAAGAGCAAAAAGUUGAAGGUUACAUCACAAGUUGAUACAGUCCUUGGAUGUGGCACAAGUAAACGAACACGGUUCUGCACCAUAUGCCGCGGCCCCGGUCACAAAAGCACAACUUGCCCACAGAGAGGGGACAUGCCUCAAAAAAAGGAAAGAACCGAAAUGCUCAAUCUGCGGCGUGGGAGGACAUCGAAAGAACACUUGUAACAAUCCUAAAAUUGUGCUACAUGUUCCUGAGCAAGCAACUCAUGAUCCUUCAAUCAAUGAGUGAUUAAUCUAUACAAAAACAAAAAAACAUGCCAGGUAGAACCCAGUUUGUUGAUGUAUCCUGAUUGAUCACUUCCGCUAUCCUGGUGUCAAUUGUGUCCUAGCAUCUUAGUAUUCUGUACUUGUGUGAAACCUGUGAAUCCAUGA